GCCGGCGUGUAGAUGCACAUUGUUCGACAUUAUUUUCGGGUCUAAAUUGGUAUUUAAUUAGUGAUUCGAUUUCCGUAAUGGCUGCUUUGGACACAUUCCCGAAUCUCCCCCAGCCCGGAGAGAUAUCAAUCUGCGAACGCAAUGGUCGGAUAUGCACACUACCGAUCAACGAAGUGGAUGCAUCCAGCUCUUGCAACCAACUGGCGGGAUAUCCCGAAAUCAACAUUGGACGUGAAUUAUUCCACCAUGCUGCUGUCCACCUGCGCGAAAAUCACCGCACUCUGAUGGUACCGGUCAACGAAACCCUGAUCAAACGUAUUACUCGCACAUUUUUCGAGGAAGGAGCCGUCGAAGCCCUUAACGAAGCAGCAAAUAUCGAUAGCCAUCAGUACAAUCCGAUAGUCGGUUCUCUGUCUCGUUACCUUUUGACGCUAAUCGGGGUUGGAAACCGAGUGAAGUUCUUUUUCAAACCCCAUCUGAAGGAGCAAGGCGUUCAUUGCGUUGGAAAGUAUACGCAAACCAAGGAUUGGUCAAAAAGUGCGAUCCGUUGCAUUCGGUGGCAUUCGAAUUGUUUUAAAGUCGCCAUCGCCGCAUCGGACGACAGCAUUCGGGUGUACAGCGAUGAACCAACCAUUGUUCCUGUUUUGAAAAGUGGUCUGCAGAAGUCGGUUACCUCAUUGGCGUGGCGUCCUUUAACGGCAGGGGAACUAGCUGUGGGUUGCCAAAAUGGCACUCUAGUGUGGAAUGUUGAUCCUAACAGUCUGAUUACGAGACCGCUUUCGCAGGCUAUACAGUUAAGAUAUGGAAACCAUUUUCCUGUGACUUCGGUGGAGUGGAGCCCCAAUGGAUGCCUGUUGGCAACGGCCAGCAUUAAUGAUUCCGAUGUACUCAUUUGGGACGUCGAUCAAAAUAGACAAGUUCCGCUGCGUCGAGUGGGCCCACCGUGUGCCUUGCUGAAGUGGUGUCCAACGGGAUCUCGAUUGUGUUCCACUACAGUGUCAAAUGUAUUCCGAGUUUGGCAAACCGACAAAUGGACACCCGAUCGUUGGACGGUCAAUCAUGGAACUAUUCAGUCAGUGGUGUGGUCUCGAACUGGAUCUCAUCUAUUGUUUGUUACGACCGAUGAUUGCUUUCUGUAUAGUUUGGGAUUUGUUGAAGAUGAAGUGUUCACGUCUACCAUGAUGCCUAAAUCGGCACUGCCUAUUGCAGAUCUAUCGAAAAUAUCCAUCGGUGAAGCGGAGGUUGGAGGUCACCCCCAAGCGCUUGCUUGGUGUCCGCAAAACCAAUAUCUGGCCGUAACUUUCAAAGAAACACCGGCAAUUGCCAUAUUUAACACUGUAGUCCAUCGCUGUCAGCUGAACAUUACACCAUUGUGCUUCAUCACCGGCAUCGGAAUCGAGAGCGCAUCCUGCAUAAGCUUCCAGGAAAAUCCAGGACGUCGAUCUAGCGAUAAAAUGAAAACUGUUCUAACCAUUGGGUGGUCCAGUGGAAGAAUACAAUAUUUCCCGUUUGUUUAA